GAAAUGUAAGACGACCCAACAUUAUUUACAACACUUAAAGGACACAAAGAUACUAUAACAGCAUUGUCAUUUCAUCCUGGAUUGUAUAUCAAUAAUUAUAUAGUAGAAAAUCAAUAGCUUCAAGUGCUAAUGAUGGUGUAGUAUCUGUAUGGCAAUUGAAAUAACCAAGAAAGAUUUAUAGAUUUAUGGGUCAUAAAGGAUAAGUAAGUGAUGUACAAUUUUCUCCUAAUGGAUUAUUAAUUGCAUCUUGUGCAAAAGAUGAGACUAUAAGACUUUGGAAUAAUACAGUUGAAGGAAGUUCAGUAUCAAUAAAGGCACAUUCAGCACCUGUCAGAAGUGUUUAAUUUUCUUGUGAUGGUUAAUUAUUAGUAAGUUCAAGUGAUGAUAAAUCUGUGAAAGUUUGGAGUGUAAAUGAUCGUAAAUUUCAAUAUGGAUUCCAGCAUACAAAUUGGGUUAGAAGUGCAGUGUUUUCAUAAGAUGUUAGAUUGAUAGCAUCAGGUGGUGAUGAUAGAGCAGUUAUUAUUUGGGAUUGUGAUUCAAAAAAAGAAGCUUAAAGAUAUAAUGAACAUAUUGGAGUAGUCUAUAAAGUUCAAUUCUCACCAGAUUCUACAAUAUUAGGAUCAUGUUCUCAUGAUAAAAAAUUAAAAUUAUUUGAUGUAAGAUCAAAGAGAGUUAUAUAACAUUAUGAUGCUCAUGCAGAUUCAGUAUUAGAUUUGAAAUUUCAUCCAUCUGGAUAAUUUGCUAUGACAUCUGGAGCUGAUAGUAAAGUAAAAGUAUGGGAUCUAAGAAUGGGUAAAUUAGCAUAUACACUUUAUGGUCAUAAUGGUUAAGCUACUACAUGUGCAUUUUCUAAUCAUGGAGAUUAUUUUGCUACUGGAGGAUCUGAUAGUAUGAUUUUAGUUUGGAAUACUAAUUGGGUAUGCAGUGGUCAAGAAUCUUUAGAUGAAAAACCUAAAUAAGUUAAAACUAAACCUAUUCAACAUACAUAACCAUAAACAUAAUAAUAAUCAUCUUAAUAGAAAGAAAAUAUAUAAUAAACUAAUAGUUAAUUACCUAAGUAGAAAGAAACUGUUCUAUAUUCAAAUGCAGAUAAUAGUCUACAUAAAAAGAGUGAAUUUAAUUAAAGUGUAUAAUUAUAGAAAGAGGAUGUACCAGCUGAAGUUAUUACUUAAUUAGAUAAUAUUAGUGGUUAAUUAGAAUUAAUUACAAGGUUAUUACUAUUUAAUUUAUUUUUAGAACUUUAUAAGCUCUUGAGUAAAGAGUUUCUAAUAAUGAAUAAUAAAUUUGUAGACUUAAUCUUGCAUUAACUAGAGAUUUUGAAAGAAGUGAAUAAAUUUAACAUUAAAUAUAUGAUUUAAGACCUUUAGAUGAAUAAGUUUAAGAUUAAGAAGAAGAAGAUAAUAUUAAUUAUAUCAAAUUUCAUCGUGCAGCUAACAAUUGA